UAGCAGUGAAACACAGUGAAUAAAAUGGCCGAAACAGCUACUGAAGUCGUUCCCGCAGCAUCAGUUGCUGCAUCUCCAGCCAAGACACCGAAAAAGGCUCGUGCUCCUAAAGGAGAGGGUAAGAAACCGAAAAAGUCAGCCACCCAUCCACCAGUGAAUGAAAUGGUUUUAGCCGCCAUCAAGACUUUGAAGGAACGUAAUGGAUCAUCUCUUCAGGCGAUCAAGAAGUAUAUCGGUGCCAAUUACAAGUGUGACGUUGCUAAGCUCUCAACUUUCAUUAAAAAAUCUUUGAAGAGUGGUGUCGAGAAAGGUAAUCUUGUGCAAACCAAAGGAAGUGGAGCAUCAGGAUCUUUUAAAAUUAAAUCAAAGGACAAGAAACCAGAGGGCGAAAAGAAACCUAAGAAAACAACGGCUGCGAAAAAGCCUACUGGAGAGAAGAAAGUCGCCAAAAAGGCAGCUACUUCCAAAACUGCUGCUGACAAAAAACUAAAGGCAGCACCAGCAAAGAAAGCAUUUGAGAAGAAGGCUAAAGCAGCCGUCGCAAAGAAUGCCAAAAAGGCUGGAACAGUGAAGACAGCAGCCGCUCCCAAACAGAAAUCAACCAGACCAUCGAAAACAGCAACGAAGAAACCAAAAACUCCCAAACCGAAAAAAGCUACUCCGGCUAAGAAAAUCGCUCCGAAAAAACCCGCUACCAAGAAGUAAAGUUUCUCAUCGGGAAAUUCAUUUAAAAACAAACAGUCCUUCUCAGGACUACCAAACACAAUGAAUCGAAAGAGUAACAAUAAUUUUCCACCUCUAAUAACUCAUAUAUUUUCUUCAUGACAGUCAAUAAACAUUUAUUAGAUUUAUUAUUUUAUUUCAUUCAUGUUGACGGGUGCAAUUAAAAAAAUGAAUUUCGGUCACGUCACGGAAAUUUUCCAAUUUUGAGCGUUUAUUGUUUAGUCAUUUCUUAACGGAACAAUGAGAUUUUUGCACAAUUUGCAAUUUAAACUCUCAAAGAUAUUCAGAAUGAACGUGCAACAUAUAUUAUAACGUAAUCCUACGUAAACUAUGAGGGUCGUGUCUCGGCCACAAGUCUUCCACUUUUUCCAACGAAAAGAGUGAUACCGUAAUGUAUAAUUCUUGAUAAACGAUUUACUAGAAUACAUUGGCCCAAGUCUCUGUCAAAUGACGAUUUGUCUUGAAAUGUGUUAAGUUUGGACCAAAUUCAAUUGAAAUUAUCAUAAUCGUUCAAUGAUUACAAGUACAUAAGCUUCGCUUGCGAUGAUUCAUCAUUCAACGCAUAAUCCACAGACACAGACAUUCAAAAAAGAAAAAAAAGAAAGAAAUUAUUAUCCAUAAAUUAAAUUACAUGUCUUAUAACAU